AUGCCGCCCGGGUCCCGGACUCCCUGCUGCUCUGGCUGCGGCAGCGCGCGCUGCUCCUUGGGGGCGCCCUCGCAGCGCGGGUGGGGGCGGGUCCGAGGGAGCGUCCCACACGGAGACACCCUCCUCUUCAACCCAACACCCGCUCUCAGCUGGCCGGUGUGGCACAACCCUACCCCCACCUCCCCUUCUUGGCCUUUGCCAGUGUGGGAGCCUCGUCUCACUGGAGAGUCCCUUCAGAGAAGGAAACUGAGGCCCAGACAGACGAAGGAGAGGCAAGCUAUGGAGCGCAGCGGUGAAAAGCAAGGGAUUGGUGGCCCCAGAAUGGCACCUCAGCUCUGCCAGGCUCUGCCACUAUUUCCCACUGGCCAAACCCUACUGGAAGUGGAAGGCUAAGAAGUCCACUGGCGCAAUCCAUACAG